AUGCUCCGCCAAUCCAUUGUCCGUCCCGCCGUCAUGGCCAACCGGUCGCUGUUGACCCGUUCCUUCACUGUUGCUGCGCCCCGAAUGGGUGAGGGUGACACGGGAGCUCCCCGUGCUGGCGGUGCUGCCUCGAGCGACUCCUUCACCAAGCGUGAGGCUGCCCAGGAGGCUCUCUACAUCCGGGAGAAGGAAAUGGAGAAGCUCGCCCAGCUCCGCAAGAAGAUCACUGACCAGCGCGCACACCUCGACGAGCUCGAGAGUCACAUUGACAGCCUGACCAAGGACUACUCCGGAAAGAAAUAG